GAGGAAGAGUGGUGUGAGGACCGAGUCAUCCAGAGUCUCUCCAGUUAUUGAACGACUGCCGUUCACAGAAGAUCUUUUUUGCCUGUUUUUAAAGAUGGCACUCACUCUUUUAACCACCUUAAUUGUUGCCAUUCCUGUAACCUACUGCUAUCCUGCUGCUUUCCAAGAGCUGACUGAAAAUGGCCGAAACAGAACCUCAAUUAAGUUUCUGGCUGUUGGUGACUGGGGAGGAGUGCCUUACCCACCGUAUGUCACUGCCGUGCAGAAGACCACAGCUCAAGAAAUGAGUAACAUAGCAGACCAGAUGGGAGCUGACUUUAUUCUGGCUCUUGGCGAUAACUUCUACUAUAAAGGUGUGGAUAGUGUGGAUUCCCCUCGGUUUCAGGAAACUUUUGAGACUGUGUACACUGCAAAGUCCCUCCGAGUCCCUUGGUAUGUUCUUGCUGGUAAUCAUGACCAUGCAGGAAAUGUCAAAGCCCAGAUUGAGUACACCCAUAAAUCUGAUAGAUGGAAGUUCCCCUCUUACUAUUACGAGCUGAACUUCCACAUCCCCAGCACGGAUAAGACUCUGACCAUCAUCAUGCUCGACACUGUAAUGCUGUGUGGGAACUCUGAUGACUUUGUAGAUGAGAAGCCAAGAGGACCCCUGCGUGCACUGGAUGCCAAUCGUCAGCUGGUCUGGCUGCAGGAGAGGCUGGCUCAGUCCAAAGCAGAUUUCCUGUUGGUAGCAGGACACUAUCCUGUGUGGUCUGUGUCUGAGCACGGACCCACAGACUGUCUGCUGCAGAGGCUUCGUCCUCUGCUUAUUAAAUACAAUGUCACUGCUUAUCUCUGCGGCCAUGACCACAACCUGCAGUACAUUGAGGAGACUGGUGUGGGCUAUGUGGUAAGUGGAGCUGGAAACUUCCUCGACCCUGACGUCCGUCACUGGAACCACGUCCCCAAAGGCUCUUUGAAGUUUUUCACUGGUCAAGCUUCAACACUUGGUGGUUUUGUUCAUGCAGAAGUCACGAAGAACAAAAUGACCCUGACGUUCUUCCAGGCUAAAGGCACUUCUCUGUAUCGUACUGUCCUCUCUCAAAGGGAAUUUUAAAUGGACUUGACUACUGUUCCAGUAGUCUGUUGCAAACAGGAUUAAUCUGCAGUUGUUUCAAGUCGAUUUAAAGCUGAUCCUGCUUUUUAAAUGAUGGCAUUAUACUCUUUAAAUUUUUAAAGAAUCAAUUUGUUUUACAUGUGACUUUAUUGUAUGCUAAAAUAAAUACUGUUUAUAAGUAA